GUUAAUAUCUAUAAUGAAAAAGUAGAUUUAAAAAUUAAAAAAAUAAUAUUAAUUACUAAUUAAAAUAAAUUAAUAUAUUUAGAUAUUUUUAGUAAUAUGGUUUUGGCUUGCUUUUGUUUCGAUUGGAUCGAUUUAUGGUUUAAUAAAAUGGUUUCGUUAUUUUACUUUGAAAUCACGUAAAAAUUUUAUUCGUCGAUAUUUAAAAGCAAAUGGAAUUGAUUAUCAUUCAAGACAUACAGCAAAUUAUGAUAAUGAAAUGCUUCGAACUUUUGUCGAUAGUUAUUGUCGUCAAGAUGGAAUCUUAUUGUUACGUAUUAUUACUGCAAAUAUGAAUAAUGUUAUUGUUGGUGAACUUAUUUGUGCGUUAUGGGAUAAUUGGCAAAAGCAACGACAAAUUCGUAUUGAUACUUUAUCUCAACAUAUUGCAAAUAAUAAAGAAAAAUUACUCGAUGAUCAUGAUAGUAAUAAUUCAACAUUACCACAUUCAAAAACAGGAACAUUAAGCAUUCAUGAUGAUCGUUAUCUAUUAUUACCACCACGUAUUUAA